GCUUUUCUCUUUGCUUGUGCUAGCUUACUGGCCUCGGCUCUACAACGUCAUGUUCGCUUGUGCGUGUUGCGUCUUUUCAAGCACGUCGAUAACGUAAUCUUGGGUCACGUUGCAGCAAGCAGACUGUGCGGCACGGCCCUGGCUGGCCCUGGCUGAGAUGAGAAUGGGCGUGGCUGGCGUGCAAGCGGAGAGCUCACCUUGCCGUGUGCAAGCUGAAGUGCUAAUCACAGCUUGGCCCAGGGGGCAGGGGAGGCGCUACAAGUUCUGGAGCGGCAGUCAAGGCGGCAGUGCCACUUGAGCAUAGCUCACAUUGAGAGCCAAGAGCAAGCCCGCGGCAAGCCAAGCUACCUGGGGGCGCGCAACAAGGGCAUUCGGCCCCCAUCCGGGCCGCGGUGGGAUGUGUGCCCCGCUAACCAACCCCCAUAGCUAGGUCAUUGAGCGCAAUUAUUGGAGCGCAAGAGGGCACGGGCACCUUGCGGCCAACAACCGACACACUUUCGAAUAUCGCGUUCACACGCCCCUUCGGCUUCAGGAUAUCUCUGUAUGAUUUAACACGGUGAACAUGCACAUUUGUGGCCUGAAGUGAGAACGCGCACAGGUUUCGAGGUGCACCUCAUCUCGAGUACCUGCCAGCCCUCCUUCAAAUCUCACGCGUCGAAGUCAUACAGCCUACAAUACAAUUUGUACUCUACACUCAUACAUAUCCGGUAGUUACCGCAGGACCUGCUGCCUGCUCGCCUUAUACUUGUCGCGCGUGCAAACAACAGCGAAAUGGCCGUCGCUCCCGCUCAGGGCAACUGGAGCACCGGGCUCUGUGACUGGUGCGGCGCGCCAGGCGGCUUUGGAACAUGCCUGUACGUAAUGUGCUGUACGCCUUGCUCGUACGGCUCGCUGGUUGCGCGCCUGGGCCCUGAGGUCACCUGCGGCGGCAGUUGCUUUGGGGGUUGCUGCUGCUACACCCUGCUGAGCAUGCUCGGCCUGAACUGCAUCAUCCACAUGGGCGUGCGCGGCCACCUGCGCAACAAGUACGGCAUCCCAGGAGAUGGAUGCAAUGUGUCACCUCUCACGCUUCGCCCCGCCCCUUCCCCGUCCCGAUAUCUCCUUUGGCUUGCAUCAUUUGGCGCUACAGACUGCAUGUGCACGUGCUGCUGCAGCGCGUGCGCCAUCUGCCAGGAGACGCGUGAGGUCAUGAUCCGCAAUGGUGGAACCUAAACGGGUCCAGGGCUCUGCGACAAAGCAGGGCUGUGCAAAUACUGAGCGCAACUUGUCCUGAUGCCGUACAUGCCAUGGCCGCGUUGGUGGAGCGUGCCUGGCUCGGUUGCCUGCCUGCCUUGGCAUGUGCGGUGCGCAACGCCGCGUCCUUCGAACAAUGACUGAUGACGUGUGUUUAUUCAUGUGCAAAUUCUACACCUUCGGAUGCCUUGUCAAUAUGAAUGCGAAAGGCAGUUUGGCGUAGCGGUGGCCCCUUGCCACAAGUACUGCUCCUGUAAACAUGAAUGAGC